AUACAAUUCUUAUAACAUUUACAGAAACUAUUGUUUUCUGGAUAUAUUUUAACCAAUCGAAAAAUGAUAGAUAAGUACCUUAUAGGAAUUAAUAUGUUUUAAAGAAAGCGUUCCGUUUGUUGCGUAGUAGUUAUAGUAACAGUUAUCGAUCAAAACAUUCAGUCUACGAGGGAACUUGUGAUGUUUCAAUCUCCUAAAUUAAUGUAAUUAUUAGCUUUAAUUAUGGAGAGAUCGUUUCCGGAAUUGAAGUUACCUGGAGAAGGAACACUAUUGGACUAUGCUGUUCAAGAGAUUAUGAAAAAAGAAACGAUUGAUAUAGAAUACGUGGAACCGAAUCAGAAGUCGAUAUUAUUUGUGGGAAACACUUCUUCUGGAAAGACAUCACUGAUUCAGAAAUUCUAUGGCACCAGUGAUUCGAUUGAACCUACCUUCAUGUUGGAUUAUUUUCCUUCACCACGAAACUACUUAACAAUCAACAAUGAAACAGCAAAUUGCCAUAUUUGGGAAUUGGGAGGUGGUACAUUGUAUGAACAAGCUUUAUCCUACCUUAUCGAUUCUCCAGACCUAACGAUAUGUCUGUGUUUAGAUCUUUCUAAGCCUCAGUUUCUAUAUUAUACUCAAGAAGAAUUACUGGACAUUGUUUUAAAAUUCCUUAAAGGCAGAAGCGAUUUCAAAUCAACUCACAAAUUUCGAGUCACAGCAAUACCUAAUGACCAUCCUGAUGCAGGACAUCUGAAGCCAUACCCAUUUCCACUUAUAAUUAUUGGUACCAUGUAUGAUGUAUUUAAUAAAUUCGAACCUGAAAAGAAACGGAUAAUCACUCAAUUUAUGAGGUAUCUCUCUCAUCUUUAUGGGGCAUAUCUCUUCUAUUGGACUGAUCGAAAUAAUGAAAUUAUCAAACAAGCAAAAGAUAUUUUGAAGCAUUAUGCGUAUGGAACAGAUGCACUAAAAAUAAAGAAAACUGAUUACAAUAGAGCAGUUAUUGUAUCGCCAUAUUUAGAUAAUCUUAAUGAAAUUGAUGCUACUGCUUCUAAAAUGGAACAUUCACUGGAAAAGUACAGACUUCUUUUAGAAGCUCAUUUCCCUCAGAAAAAGAUAUCUAAACCAAUUUCAGAAGAAAAUCCUGCAGAUAAUCCUAAAUAUGCUGACCCUAUUAUCGAUUUGAUUAGAAAACAGCAGCUUCAAAAGGAGGCCCUAUUUGAAAAAUGGGAUAAGAAACGCGAAGAAGAAGAAACAGAAAAAUUCAAAAUUAUUAAUCCAUUUGCUGACAUUAAACCAGACAAAAUAAGAAAUUCUGAAGAGGAAGAUGAACUGAUAGAUUUAAAAGUUAAUGAAAUAAAGACUGAGGAUCAGAAGAAGAUAUCUCAAGAAACAUAAAUGUAAAUUUUCAAGAUUUUACUAUUUUAUGAAGUUUUUGAAGAAGUAUCAUAUUUAUAAAAGAUAGAGAACAUUUUUAUUGUACUUCUUAUAUUUUGAAUACCAUGGAAAUAUAUAACUAUAAUCUUCUAAAUAUUUUUUACAGUAGCAUUGUUCUCUUUUCUGACUCUCAGGAGUGAUGAAUUUUGAUAAACAGGUGUUGAAAAAAAAGAAAAAUAAAGGAACUUCAUGAAGAAAUGAAAAAUGACAAUUCUGAUCCUUAAAUUUCUAUUGAAAUUCAAUAGAAAUUAUUACAAAUGGCUAAGACAAAGUUAGGGACAGUUAACUUAUAAUAGUAUUGAAAAGCAGACCUAGCUUAUAGAUAUUUGACAUAUUAAGGUGUGGAUGGGUUUGAAACUAAUGAAAAAAGCUUCUUGCGUGUCAAUAAAUAAAAAUGACUUGUCCGAAACAAAGAUGCGAA